ACAAUGACAACUAUAAGCACCCAACUUAAACAAGAAGAUAAUUUCAAAAAAAAAAAAAAAAAAACUUUAACAAGAAGACCAUGGAUGUGAAGGAAGCACUUUACAUGAGUAGAGGAGAAGGAGAAAACAGCUAUGCUAAAAACUCCAAAUUCACGCAAAAAGUGGCUUCCAUAACCAAACCCAUAAUAGAAAAUUCAGUUCACACUCUGUUUUCAAAAGGAUUCCACCUAAGCAAGCUUCUCAAUGCGGCCGAUUUGGGUUGUUCUGCUGGUCCAACCACAUUCUCUGUGAUGAAAACAGUAAAAGAGACGGUGGAAAAGGAAUGCAAGGAAUUGAAUUGCCAAACACCGGAACUUCAGUUUUACUUGAAUGAUCUUCCUGGUAAUGACUUCAAUUCUCUGUUUAAGGGAUUGUCUAUAUUCUGUGACCAAACACAGGGUGCGUCUUUCUACGCGGUGGGAGUUCCUGGUUCUUUCCAUGGCCGGCUUUUCCCUCGGAACGCCUUACAUUUUGCUCAUUCCUCUUACAGUGCCCACUGGCUUUCUCAGGUACCCAAAGGACUCACUAGCACUGAAGGAUUGCCAUUAAACAAGGGUAAGAUUUACAUAUCCACGACAAGUCCUCCGGUUGUAAGAGAAGCUUACCGAACUCAGUUUCAAGAAGAUUUCAGCAUGUUUCUCAAGUCUCGCUCCGAGGAGAUGGUUCCAGAUGGUUGUAUGGUCUUGAUACUUCAUGGUCGACAAUCUGCAGAUCCCUUGGAUAAGGAGAGCUGCUGGGUAUGGGAGCUCUUAGCUGAGGCCAUUGCCGAUAUGAUUUCACAGGGAUUGGUUGUUGAAGAGAAAUUAGACUCCUUCAAUGUACCCUACUAUACACCAUCACUAGAGGAGGUGCAACAUAUAGUGGAGGAGGAGGGAUCAUUUGCAAUUGAGCGUUUAGAGACGUUUGCACUUGAAUUUUUGUUGGACAAGGAAGAAAAAGAGACAAAGGGGGAGAAGCUAGCGAAGGGUAUCAGGUCCUACACAGAAUCAUUGAUCUUAUACCACUUCGGAGAAGAAAUACUAGAGAAAUUGUUUCAAAAAUUGACUCAUAUAGUAGUUGAGGACUUGGCCAAAGAAUCAAUGAACGGCGUGCCAGAAUUUCGAAAGAUUCAGAGAGGUCAAAUGAAAAGGAAAUUUCUUUUGGAACGAUCAAAGCGAUUAUAAGGUUUCGGAUUUGCCUUCGAUGAAAGGACUUUUAAUUAAAACUACAAUGCUAUCUAAUGAAUUGAAAUGCAAUACUGAAAGUAAGUGCAUGAAUGUAAAGGAAUUGAAAAGACUUAUAUUGAAAUUGCUUGAAUUGAAAUACGAAAUAUUGAAUGUUGAUUGAUGUCGUUGAGAG